UUCACUGUCCCCCUCGCGCUUGACCUCCCUGCGUCACGUCCAUGGUGGCGCUUUCCUCCUCCUCCAGACGCUUUAAUCCGCCACCAACAGCCUUGUGCUAUUUCUGCUCCGUCGUCCCACAUUCCGAGGACAUUAUUCCCUUUCUCUACAAGGACGCUCGCCACCAGAACCGAGCCAGAGCGGCGGUGUGUGCGCUUCUGGGUCUGCCGGAGUGGGCGGAGGACAUCCGGGCUCUGCUUCCGGAACUUCCGCUUGAAACCACGGAAUUCAACAUUUGCAGGCCGCCAUGGAGAAGAUGAGGAGGAUGAAGAAGCGUCUGUCGUUGACGCUGCGCUCCAGCCAGAGCGUGGACGAGUCGCUGUCGGAGCUGGCGGAGCAGAUGACCAUGGAGGAUGGCGGCACCAAGGACAACGAACCCUUCAUGAGACAUGGUGGUCCCGCCUCCUCCCACAGCAUGCAGUCCUUCCUGCAGCAGUACACCCAGUCUGUGUCCCUCACCUUCAAGAACACUCCCCUGCGCAGACCCCACUCUGUCACCCUCAUCACCGGCACCCUGGGCUCCUUCAUGGCCAUACCACGCAAUGGCACUCGCUUGGACAUUGUGCACGAGAACCUGAAGAUGGGAUCGGAUGGAGAAAGUGACCAAGCGUCAGGGACGUCGUCUGACGAGGUUCAGUCCCCAACAGGAGUGUGUCUGAGGAACAGAGUCAACCGGCGAAUCUCCAUGGAGGACCUCAACAAGCGGCUGUCUCUGCCUGCUGACAUACGCAUACCUGACGGCUACCUGGAGAAGAUGCAGCUCACCAGCCCGCCUUUUGACCAGCCACUCAGCCGCCGCUCACGCCGGGCAUCGCUGUCCGAGAUCGGUUUUGGCAAGUUGGAGACCUACAUUAAGCUGGACAAACUGGGAGAGGGAACCUACGCCACCGUCUUUAAGGGCCGCAGCAAGCUGACCGACAACCUGGUGGCCCUGAAGGAGAUCCGCUUGGAGCACGAGGAGGGAGCGCCAUGCACCGCCAUCAGAGAAGUAUCGUUACUGAAGGACCUGAAACAUGCCAACAUUGUGACGUUGCACGACAUCGUGCACACGGACAAGAGCCUCACGCUGGUGUUUGAGUACCUGGAUAAAGAUCUGAAGCAGUACAUGGACGACUGUGGAAACAUCAUGAGCAUGCACAAUGUGAAGGUCUUCUUGUUCCAGAUUCUGCGUGGGCUGUCCUACUGUCACAAGAGGAAAGUCCUCCACAGGGACCUGAAGCCCCAGAACCUGCUCAUCAAUGAGAAAGGAGAACUGAAGCUGGCUGAUUUUGGUCUGGCCAGGGCAAAGUCGGUCCCCACCAAGACCUACUCCAACGAGGUGGUGACACUGUGGUACCGGCCCCCUGAUGUUCUGCUGGGAUCGUCCGAGUACUCCACCCAGAUUGACAUGUGGGGUGUGGGCUGCAUAUUUUACGAGAUGGCUGCAGGUCGGCCGCUGUUCCCCGGCUCCACAGUGGAGGACGAGCUCCACCUGAUCUUCAGGUUACUAGGCACACCCACGGAAGACAACUGGCCAGGAAUAUCUUCCAUGGAGGAGUUCAAAUCCUACAAGUUCCCAAAAUACAAACCUCAGCCAUUCAUCAACCACGCGCCCAGGCUGGAUGGUGAAGGCAUGGAGCUCUUACUGGCCUUCCUCAGAUAUGAAUCCAAGAAGAGGAUCUCAGCUGAGGAGGCCAUGAAACAUUCCUACUUCAGGCAUCUUGGCAUGAGAGUUCACACACUGUCUGAGAGUGUGUCCAUCUUCACAUUGAAGGAUGUUCAGCUGCAGAGAGAUCCAGGCUACAGGAACUCUUCACACCUGGAGUCAGGCAACAAGAAGAUCAACAGAAGACAAAGUAUGCUCUUCUAACCAGGAGGAAGGACACCAUCAUCAUCAUCAUCAUCAUCAUCAUCAUUGACCUCUCUCGCAUGACCCCUCCUCAUGGUGACCCCUGACCUCCUGUUGUGGCCACACACACACUCAUCACAUGUGCACACACACACACACACACACACUCUUCCACCUUGGGGAUUCUGUCUAUUUAUUUACAGUCCAGGGGGCUUCUUUGCUGCUAAACCACUACUCUCUCUCUCUCUCUCUCUCUCUCUCUCUCUCUCUGUGUGUGUGUGUGUGUGUGUGUGUGUGUGUGUGUGUGUGUGUGUGUGUGUGUGUGUGUGUGUGUGUCAUGUGAAGUGGAGCCUCCAUGCACAGAUGAGCAGUUAGUAAAGUCUCAAUUAAUUCCACAGGUGUUGAAGUCUAAGCUGUGAUUGAGACCAUUCAUACAUACAUAUAUACAUACAUACAUACAUACAUACAUACAUACAUACAUACAUACAGUACAUACAGUACAUACAUACAUAUAUACAUACAUAUAUACAUACAUACAUACAUACAUACAUACAUAUAUAUAUAUAUUUAUAUAUAUAUUAUAUUAUAUAUGUAUAUAUGAAUUGAUCUGAUGAUUUAUUCGUUUUUCUUUGAUGUUUUCAUUUCCAGGUCUUAGUAGGUUUCUGUUGGACUUUUUCUGGUUGAAGUGAGAAGUGUUAGAAGCAGAAGAAAUAGUUGAAGUGUUAGAAGCAGAAGAAAUAGUUGAAGUGUUAGAAGCAGAAGAAAUAGUUGAAGUGUUAGAAGCAGAAGAAAUAGUUGAAGUUUUAGAAGCAGAAGAAAUAGUUGAAGUUUUAGAAGCAGAAGAAAUAACAAGAUCCAGUAAUCAGGAGGCCAAGAAGACAAAAGCCAUAAUAGUCCAAGAAGUAGUUUUAAAAAGGAAUGAUUCUUCCUGGUGACUAUUCUUGUAGUAGGACUAUUUCCCUCAUCCUCUCACCACUUUAUAUUCCCAACUACUUUCCUACAAGACGUCACAUUUGACAUCUUUUAUUAUAAUAAUAAGACGUCACAUUUGACAUCUUUCCUUGUAAUAAUAACACGUCACAUUUGACAUCUUUUAUUAUAAUAAUAAGACGUCACAUUCCACACAUUUGAAAUCUUUUAUUAUAAUAACAAGACAUCACAUUUGACAUCUUUUAUUAUAAUAACAAGACGUCACAUUCCACACAUUUGACAUCUUUUAUUAUAAUAACAAGACAUCACAUUUGACAUCUAUUAUUAUAAUAAUAAGACGUCACAUUCCACACAUUUGAAAUCUUUUAUUAUAAUAACAAGACAUCACAUUUGACAUCUUUUAUUAUAAUAAUAAGACGUCACAUUCCACACAUUUGACAUCUUUUAUUAUAAUAACAAGACAUCACAUUUGACAUCUUUUAUUAUAAUAAGACGUCACAUUUGACAUCUUUUAUUAUAAUAACAAGACAUCACAUUGGACAUCUUUUAUUAUAAUAAUAAGACGUCACAUUUGACAUCUUUUAUUAUUAUAAUAAUAAGACGUCACAUUUGACAUCUUUUAUUAUAAUAACAAGACAUCACAUUUGACAUCUUUUAUUAUAAUAAUAAGACGUCACAUUUGACAUCUUUUAUUAUAAUAAUAAGACGUCACAUUCCACACAUUUGACAUCUUUUAUUAUAAUAAUAAGACCACACAUUUGAAAUCUUUUAUUAUAAUAACAAGACAUCACAUUUGACAUCUUGUAUUAUAAUAAUAAGACAUCACAUUUGACAUCUUUUAUUAUAAUAAUAAGACGUCACAUUCCACACAUUUUGACAUCUUCACUCUCAUACAAUCCUCAAUCUUUACAUUUGUACUCUCAUUUCAAACAUCUUUAUUGCACAAUUAUCCUAAAAAUGACAUUUUACGUAUUUAUUGACUUUUUAUUACAACAUUUUUCAAAAUAAUAUAACAAUUUCCUGGUAAAGUAAUGACUUUAUUCUUGUACUAUAUUCCUAAUCUUUUCUCCUACUAUUAUGACUUCUUUCACACUUGAAAUGAAAAUAUUGCUAUUUUUCUCUUAAUAUUGCAGUUUUUUUCAUCAAACUGUUGUGACCUUUUGCUAGCAAGAUUCCAUCCCAUCCAUUUUCUACCGCUUAUUCCCUUUCGGGGUCGCGGGGGGCGCUGGCGCAUAUCUCAGCUACAAUCGGGCGGAAGGCGGUGUACACCCUGGACAAGUGGCUUUAUUUAUUCCUCUUUUUUAAUUCUAUUAAGUCAUUGUUUUUUAAAAUUACAAUACUUUUUUGUAAUAUUGUGACUCCCAUGUGUUUUUCUACUAAAUUGUUUUGUUGUCAAAUUAGUUUUUUUUCAUCUCAAUAUUGCUGUUUUAUUCUUUUUUAAAAAAAGGUCUAUGUCUUUAAAAAAGAGCCUAAGCCUCUCUCCCUCUCAUAGUAGCACUUUGUUUUCUAGCACUACCAACCAAAUAUUCCAAGUGUUUUCAAAAUAAUAAUGUGACUUUCUCCUGCUGAUAUUAUGACCUUGUGGCUGUAAUGUUUGACUCAUCUUUCCUCAUACUCUUCACACUUUAUUUCCCUCAAAUGAGGACUUUUUCCACACAAAAUUACACUUUUUUCAACUUUGUUUUGCAAAAUAUUUUACUUUUGUAAAGAAUAUUUUUUUCUCCAAAGAAAUUAAUGUUAACUCAUUUCGAUAACAUUCUAACUUUUUGUAAUAUAUUUGCUACUUUGUUCCCAAACAAACUUUUAACUUUUCCCCCAGAAUGUUGACACUUUUGACCUGCUAAUUGUCGACUUAACUCUCCAUCAUUUGGGCUUUGUGCUGAGGACUUUUCUUUGGUACAUCUUGGAUGUAUUUCUGGUCAUAGAGGUGUAAUUAUUGUGGCCCUCAGGUGCUAUGAGAGUGGCCCUCAGGUGCUAUGAGCGUGGCCCUCAGGUGCUAUGAGCGUGGCCCUCAGGUGCUAUGAGAGUGGCCCUCAGGUGUUAUGAGAGUGGCCCUCAGGUGUUAUGAGUGUGGCCCUCAGGUGUUAUGAGAGUGGCCCUCAGGUGUUAUGAGAGUGGCCCUCAUACUCCGGUGUGGCGAGCACUAGCCAGGAUGUUUUUGUCAGGCUGGCAGGAAGCAGAAAGCAAAAGGAAGUGAUGUAAAUAUUUGCAGAGAAAGUUGUUGUUGUGUUAACUUGCACUUUGUGUGUACCUGACAGUAUUAAAGGUGCGAAGGGGAGGGGCGGGGCUUCUCCACCUGGCCAGAUGUUUGUCUGUCUCACACCUCACCUUCAUUUGUGUCUUCUUGAUGAAAGGCUCUACUUUUAUGUCACGCAAUUUUUGGUCAACUGAUUUUUUUUUUUUUUUUGCAUGAAAUUAAGCUGAGAAAUUCAUAGAAAAAAAUGUUAGCAAAAUGUGUGUUUAAAAAGUCAGUGUUUUAAAGUUCAGUGUAUAAAAAUUCUAUUUAAAAAUUAUAUUUAAAAAAAAGAAUAAGUGUUUUAUAAUUCUGUGUUUCAACAUUCAUUUUUUCUUUGGAAUUCAGUGUGUAAAAAUACAAGUUUUUUUAAAGUCAGUAUAUAAAAGUAUUUUUUUCUUAGUUCAGUGUUUAAACAUUGUUUAAAAAAGCAGUGUUUUAAGGUUCAAUGUAUGAAAAGUUUGUAUUUUAUAAUUCAGUGUGUAAAAAUAUAUUUCAAAUGCAUUGUUUUAAAAUUCAGUGUAUAAAAAUGUUUAAUGAAAAUCAGUUCAAAAAAUGAAGUGUUUAAAAAUUCAAUGUUUUAAAAAUGUAUUUUUUUAAUUCAGUGUGUAAAAAUACAGUUUAAAAAAGUAGUGUUUUUAAAUUCAGUGUAUGAACAUUUUAUAUUUUAAAUUUCAUUGUGUAAAAACUACUUUUAAUUCAGUGUUUAAACAUAUGUGUGUAUAUAUCUAUAAAUAUAUUUAUUUUUUUUAAAUUCAGUGUAUACAAUUGUUUUGUAUUAAAUGUUUAAACAAAUGUUUUAAAAUUCCGUGUAUAAUAUCUUAGUGUUUAAAAACUAAAUGAUUAAAAAUUGUUAUUUAAAAUGUCAGUGUUUUAAAAUUCAGUGUAAAAAAAAAAGAGUGCAGAAAUCUAUGCUGCUUCCAAAGUCCAAAGACGUUUCCCAGAAUUUCCAAGCCAGGCGUCCUAGGAGCAGCCAAUGAGGUGUCUCCUUUGAAGUCACCUGACCUCUUAGGAGCAGCCAAUGAGGUGUCUCCUUUGAAGUCACCUGACCUCUUAGGAGCAGCCAAUGAGGUGUCACCUUUGAAGUCACCUGACCUCCUAGGAGCAGCCAAUGAGGUGUCUCCUUUGAAGUCACCUGACCUCCUAGGAGCAGCCAAUGAGGUGUCUCCUUUGAAGUCACCUGACCUCCUAGGAGCAGCCAGUGAGGUGUCUCCUUUGAAGUCACCUGACCUCUUAGGAGCAGCCAAUGAGGUGUCACCUUUGAAGUCACCUGACCUCUUAGGAGCAGCCAAUGAGGUGUCACCUUUGAAGUCACCUGACCUCUUAGGAGCAGCCAAUGAGGUAGAUAGAUAGAUAGUACUUUAUUGAUUCCUUCAGGAGAGUUCCUUCAGGAAAAUUAAAAUUCCAGCAGCAGUGUACAGAGUUGAGAUCAAUUUAAAGAAAAAAGUAAAAAGUAAAUAAUGGGGGUUUAAAAGGAAACAAAAUAGAGAAAUAUUACAAAAAGAAUAAAAACAAUGGGAAUAACAAUAUAACAGUAAAAUAAGAAUACAACAAGACAAAGUAGGCAGUAGUGACCAUGUUAUGAAAACGUAUUGCACUGUUAAUGUUUUGCAUCCCCUGUCAUCCUAGUACCCCCCGUCCCCCGUCCCAGAGAGGAGUUGUACAGUCUAAUGGCGUGUGGGACAAAGGAGUUCUUGAGUCUAUUAGUCCUGCACUUGGGAUGAAGCAGUCUAGAACUGAACAGGCUCCUCUGGCUACUGAUGAGACUAUGCAGAGGGUGACUGGCAUCAUCCAGGAUGCUCACUAGUUUGUCAACAGUCCUCUUCUCUGCCACCCUCACCAGUGAGUCCAGUUUCAUUCCCAUUGUAGAACCGGCCGCCUGAUCAGUUCCUCCAGUCUGGAGCUGUCCUUCUUAGAUGUACUGCCCCCCCAGCACACUACCAUGUAGAACAGAACACUGGCAACCACAGACUGGUAGUACAUCCACAGGAGUUUUCUACAAAUGUUGAAGGAGUGCAGUCUCCUGAGGAAGUACAGCCUGCUCUGUCCUUUCUUGUACUGGUGGUCCUGUUAACAGUCCAGUCCAGUCCAGCUUAGUGUCACCUUUGAAGUCACCUGACCUCCUAGGAACAGCCAAUGAGGUGUCACCUUUGAAGUCACCUGACCUCCUAGGAACAGCCAAUGAGGUGUCACCUUUGAAGUCACCUGACCUCCUAGGAGCAGCCAGUGAGGUGUCUCCUUUGAAGUCACCUGACCUCCUAGGAGCAGCCAGUGAGGUGUCUCCUUUGAAGUCACCUGACCUCCUAGGAGCAGCCAGUGAGGUGUCUCCUUUGAAGUCACCUGACCUCCUAGGAGCAGCCAGUGAGGUGUCUCCUUUGAAGUCACCUGACCUCCUAGGAGCAGCCAGUGAGGUGUCGCCUUUGAAGUCACCUGACCUCCUAGGAGCAGCCAGUGAGGUGUCGCCUUUGAA